GUCGAGGAAAACAUCUCCAACUUCACCAAAGGCCCCAUUCCAUCCACUCCUCGAAUUCCCUAACCUCCUCAACUUGACGGCCAUCAUCGAAAUCUUUUCAUCUCACAACUAACCCCUCUACACUCCCAGCACACACCUUUCCUCUACUUCCACAGCGAAAUUCUACCCCGCCAUCCCCCUCCGAUCAGACAGGACGAUAAGUAAUCAACUCAACAUCGCCGAGUGCGGCAUACUUGUGCUUCAUAAUCACACCUUCGAAGCUCUUCCAAAAUAAAACAACGCGCUCCCCAUCUACCAUCAAUCGAAUCAAUAAAUCCUCGUCGCCAUGUCGUUGAACGGCAGCACUUUGAUCGAGAUCAAGACCGAGGAGGACUGGCACAAACACACAGCUUCCCUUCCGCCCACCACCCUCCAAAUCAUAUCCUUCCAUGCGCCAUGGGCUGCUCCUUGUGCGCAAAUGCGAGUGGUCCUCGAAACACUGGCAACUUCAUAUCCUGUCACAACCCCAUUGUCAACAUCAUGGGUCUCGAUGAAUGCCGAAGAGGUUAUGGAUGUUAGCGACUCCUUUGAUGUUACUGCUGUUCCAUACCUCGUCCUCACCCGCAACAAUGAAGUGUUGGAGACUGUCAGUGGAAGCGACGCAACAAAAGUACGAGCAGCCAUCGAGAAACAUGCAAGAUCUACUGGAUCUGCACCAAAGAUCAAUGGCAGCAGCUCCGUACCAACAGGUGCCAAUGCCGCCAAGAGUCCCAGCUCAUAUGCAUCUGCUCCGGCGAACUCAGCUACAGCCCCGGUAUUUGCGACAGAAGAAAUCAAGGAGGAUAAGGAGACUCUAAAUAAGAGAUUGGCAACUUUGGUUAAGGCCGCUCCUGUGAUGUUGUUCAUGAAGGGUACCCCAAGCGCGCCACAAUGUGGAUUUUCAAGGUAAAGUUCCUCGGGUGCUUCCCCACCUCCACGAGACAAGUUACGAGAUUUCAAGUUUUGACAUUCUCAUAGACAACUCGUCGCUCUCUUACGAGAAAACUCGGUCAAGUAUGGUUUCUUCAACAUACUAGCGGAUGAUGAUGUGAGACAAGGUCUGAAGGAGUUUUCCGAUUGGCCAACCUUUCCUCAAUUUUAUGUUGAUGGUGAACUAGUUGGUGGCUUGGAUAUUGUAAGUUUUCAAGUUAGCAAAAUGGAUCAUCCUUUCAAACUAACGGUUGUUUUUCUAUAGGUCAAGGAAGAAUUGGCAAAUGACCCGGACUUUCUUAAGGCAUACACAGUACCAAAACCCACCGGCGGUGAAACUACAGCUUAGUACGAUACC